CGCACGCAUCCGGUUUCUAUGGGAGACACGCACGGAACCCCGGCGUGACGUGAUGGUCAAAUCGGACGCUCACCCAAUGGGCGCUCCUCUGCUCAUGAUCUCAGAGCGACAAGGGCGGAGCGGCUGAUCUCAGAGUCUCCAGCCGUCCACUUCCCCAGUCGCCAGUUCUCGAUCCACUGCUGACGCGCACGCACCCGGCACCACUCCACUAGUUCCAGGUCCCCCAAGUCUCACACGACUACAGAGUCCAAACCUGAAAACCCCGACGCCAACAACCCCACGGCAACCAUUUUCUCCAGUUCAGUACUACUCCAGAAACCAGCUGCCGCCGAUAGAGAUGAACGUGUACCACAACCUCGCUUCCUCCCCUCCGGCUCCGGUGCCCGCCGGCGAGCAGCCCGCCCGGACCGCUCCGGCCGGCACGGCGGCAGAGGAGGGCAAGUGGGAGGGGAUGGCAGUCGCCGGGGCGGCGACGCUGGCCAGAAACUUCUCCUCCGCCUCCCAGAGGUUCGCGGCCGUGGAGCGGAGCAAAUCGACCAAUGGAGGACACCGUGGCGGCGGCAGCGGCGGCGGGUUUCAGGCCGCGGUGAGGAGGGCCUUCUCCAUGAGGAGGCAGCCGGGCUCCGGCAUCUCCGACGGCUACUGGAGGAUCCACGACGGCAUGGACGAAGACGCUGACGACGCCGACGAAGCCGAGCAGCAAGUGCUCGAGGAGGCCGGCGAGCAGCAGCAGAAGGAGAAGAACAGAGAGGCAACGGAACGGGUUGCGGAGGGAGACGCGGCGAGCAACAGCAAGGAGACGGAGAUCACGGGGAGGAAGAAGAACAAGAAGAAGGGUCGCAUCCUCAAGGCGUGCAAGAAGCUUCUUGGGUUCUAAUUAAGUGUCAACAAUGUUUAUUUACAGCGCAGCUACAAGAUCCUGUACCGACAAAAAGCGUGUUACGACCGAGAAGCUAGCGAUGUUUUUACUAGUACUACACACGACGUGGUUCGUGGUUUCUUUUUGUUGGAUCUUGUUGUGUUUUGUCUUGCUUAUGGUUGCGAGUAAAUAAGAUUAUAAGAGCUCUGGUUUGGUUUGACGAGAACA